AUGCCCACUUCCAAGUACUCCAAAUUCAAAAAGCGAUUCGCGCUGUACCAAAGCUAUCCAAAUAUGACGUAUAACCUGUAUCUUUCGUGCAUCGUGACCGUUUGCUUUCUAAUUCUCACGUGCAAAACUGACCCUCUCGGUGUUGAGAAAGAAUGGGGUCCUAACUCAUAUUCCGCUGAACUCGAAGAUGCAGACUUGGAAAAGCGUUUUUUACUAUCCCUGCCACGCCCAAGACAACGUCGCUUUUUCCUAGGAUUGCCAGUUAUGAAGAAUAGAGCGAGAAGAGUGGGCAAACGAACUGAUGAACCAGACUAUGAUGAAUACGAUGCAGAACGAGGAGGACCGUUGAGCUUCAGGAAACGGUUCUUACUGGGACUUGGUAGCAGGCGCCAUCCAUGAAUUCCAAUUGCUCCUGGUUCCUUAGAAAAAUCGGGAUUGAUGUUCCAUGUCGACAUGUCUUGUUUGUUCAUUCAACAAAAUAUAUAACUGCUU